UUAUCGUGAUAGGAGCUCUUAGAAAAAAUGUCUUCACAUUUUAAAGUAGGAUUUGCAACAUACGAGGAAGUUAUUGAAGCUUUGAGGGAUCUCGAUAAGCUGAUUAUUGAUGUCAGAGAACCUGCUGAUAUUCAAGUUUCUGGGCAAAUUCCAAAAAGUAUCAAUAUUCCAUUGAGUAAAAUUUAUUCGGAACUGAGACUUUCAGCACCAGCAUUUAGUGCAAAGUAUGAACGAACUAAACCAGGUCCAUACGAUGAAGUCAUCUUUUAUUGUAAAUUUGGUGAACUGGCUCAAGUUGCAGCAGAAACUGCACUCAGUAUUGGAUUUAGAAAUGUGAAAAUCUACAAAAAUGGAUUUAGCGAAUGGACGUACAAAUGGGUGAGUAUUUCUUAUGGUUGAAUUUGACAAAAAAAAACUAUCCAAAUUAAUUAGGUUUGUCGGUUUAAUUAGCAUAAAUUGGAAAUGAUUAAUUAAACAUUUCUUUUUGAACUGCGUUAUUAUUCAGUCCUACUUC